GCACACGGCCUACAUGUUGGUUCAUAUACUUUUCUGAGGGUGCACAUUUUCAGGUGAGCACUAAAGAGCUGGUUACCUCUUAAUAAAUGUAAUACCGUGUAGUGAAGAGUGAGGUUGUGGGGGUUUUCCUUCAGUCACGGUGCUGAGCUGUGGAACAGAAGGAGGUGCUACAGUGUAGCCUAGCAUGAAACAACUGCCUUUUCUCCUCCUCUUUGGCCACCGAGGGGUUAAACCUCUGAGCAAACAGCUGAAGAAAGAGCUACACAGACACGAGGCUGUUUGAGACCAUCAACCUACAGCCCGGCUCGAGAGUUAGAAGCUGUGAGCUACACGUACCGUUUCACAGGAAUGAGCUCAAAGCUGUGCCGGACCGGCUCGUCCAUUCGAUGUGAGUGGCUUGUUCUCGCCGUCAGCUCCAGCCGGCUCUGGACACAAUGACGGAGAGUACGGUGGUCAAAGAGACUGGACUUCGAGUGGAGACGAUCCAGUGUGUGUCCCGGACUAGUGCACGUUUCCCGGAGAUGUCCCCGGUGAAAUAACCAAAUAAGCUCUGCAGGUGGCCGAGGCCCAAGAGCAGCUCUGUCCCAUGUCUUCAGUGAGUGUCCGCCAGGGAAAGAGGGCAAGAUGAGAAAAGCCAAAAUCAGUCGGAUGGUUCUUGCCAUGUGUUUGGGUUCCUUUGUCAUGGUCAUAUUCUAUUUCCAAAGUAAUUUGAAAACAGCAUCUCCUCAGGGCAAUGGGCAGGCUAGAGGUUCCAGGAAGUCUGUCAGGAGCCCACUCCAAACCCUCUAUGCUGCUGACUCUAUGGACCCAUCUCCCCUGCACCUGAUGCACCAGGCCAGGCGCGAGCUCCUGCAUGACGCCUGCCGCUCGCACACGCGCAAGCGUCGCGUGCUGAUCCCGGACGACCUCAAACACGUGAUCGUGGACGACCACCACGGUCUGCUCUACUGCUACGUGCCCAAAGUAGCGUGCACCAAUUGGAAGCGCGUACUGCUGGUUCUCACGGGCGAGUCGGGGGACCUGCACGACCCUCUGCAAAUCCCGGCCAACGAGGCGCACGCGCCUGGCCGCCUGCGUGCGCUCUCGGAGUACUCUGCGCCGGAGAUAAACCGGCGCCUGCGCGCCUACCUCAAGUUCCUGUUCGUGCGCGAGCCCUUCGAGCGGCUGGUGUCGGCCUACCGCAACAAGUUCACGCGCAGCUACAACACGGCCUUCCACCGGCGGUACGGCACGCGCAUCAUCCGGAAGCACCGGCCCGAGCCGCGGCCCGAAGCGCUCGAGCGCGGCGAUGACGUGUCCUUCGCCGAGUUCGUGAGAUACCUCGUGGACCCAAGCACGCGGCGCGAGGAGCCCUUCAACGAACACUGGGAGCGCGCGCACGCACUCUGUCACCCGUGCCUCAUCGGCUACGACGUGGUGGGCAAGUACGAGACGCUGCACGAGGACGCCGCCUAUGUGCUGCGGCUGGCGGGCGUUGACGAUCACGUGACGUUCCCUAGCACGGCCGGGAGCGCGCGCACCACGGGGGACAUGGCCGCAGACUUCUUCAAGAGCAUCAGCCCGGAGUUCCAGAAGAAGCUGUACGAUCUGUACAGUAUGGACUUCCUACUGUUCAACUACUCCACACCUGCAUACCUGCAGCUCACCUGAGGCCUGGCGCCUUUCACUGACUCGCUUCACGAGGCACGAAAACCUAGUUUAGACUUAAUGGUUUGAUGGCACAAGUUCAUUUUGCUUCUGGAGAAACUGUCUCCUCCACUGGGUUUUAAGUUAUAAGGGGCUGUUUUGUACUGUUUAAACCUGUUAUUAGACACUAUUUUGGUGGACAUUGUGCUAAUUUUGCUUCUCAAGAAAACAUUUGCUUUUCAAAAAUUUCAGGAAUGCAUGAUUCAGUCAUGUUAACAGGAUCAUCAGAGAGGUCUGAUGUGAAUUUUAGAAAAACUUACACACUCAAAUUUCUUCACAGUGGUAACGAUGGGAACCAGGAGUCACAAUGUCUCCAGUGCAAAUAUAGC